AUGGCGGCCAGGCUACCACUGGUACCGUGGCUCUGGCUUGGAUGGUGGGCAUCAGGUACGUGCGACUGUGGUCUGGCCAAGACAAACAAGCGCCUGCUGCUCAAGGUCAAGGUCGCUGAUAUCUGCCUGGCCGUGGUGGCAGAUGAGGGUGCGCUGCUGCGUCGCGAUGCCGUGCUUAUGUAUGGUCUGAUCCUCAUACAUCUGUACAAGGCCGAUCGGCUACUGUCCGACCUGUUGGCCUUGCAAGCUCAAUGCGCCUUACGCUUCAACGUCGCAGCGCCAUCCUUUCAAGCCCGUCCCGAAAGCAUCACCCUGGCGGUGCGCGAUCAUUUGGCUCAGGACCCCUUGAGCUUGACUCAGGAAUCUCUCAAACUCAGAGCACCGCCCGAGCUGGCCUAUCACACCGUAGGCCUAGUCAAUGACAAUCUCGUGUUUUUUGCAACCCACCCACAUGAUCUACAGCUAUCUACAGAGAGCUCGCCGCUUGCCCGACCUCCUUCUCCGGAUGGCAGUCACGACUCCAUGUUCACCACGAGUCGCCGCGAGGCCACCAUCCUGGCACAAGCCAUGCCUGACACUGCCGAUGAGCUCGUACAAGGGCAAUUGAGUCAGGCCUUGGAGCGGACCACCGUGGUUCGAGCCAUUCUGCCGCAACCCAAUGAUCAACUCUACGACGACGCUGACGAUGACGACGCAGACUUUGGAUUCAGCCCUCUCGACAACUCGUCUGAGCCAGGCUUGCCAGAAGAUUGUGAUAUGAGGCUUCCCUCGCGUGCGUUGAGUUUUUGCUAUUGUCAGCAAGGCAGUCUCAGCAUUUUGCUCAUGUUGAUGCUGGAAUUCCUUGCAUUGGCAGCAGUCAUGCAAUCUCCCCUGCCCGGCAUUGGAGAGCCAGUCAUGACCGACAAAAUCAAGGUGUUCUUGCUUCAACUGCACCUACCUCCCCUAAACAGCCAACCUCUUUUCAUGAGCCCCCCCCCCCCGCCCUCCAUCCCCGUCCCCACACCACAGUAUAUGGAAGAGUGGUUGCAAAACAUCUUCAAAGCAUUCAUCUAA